AUGGUUCAACCAUAUCCCGAUAUGACAGUACAUCAUCGCCUCUCUUCACUCCUGGUGGCUGUAGUACUGUGUUGUGUCAGUGUCGGAACAUCUGAGCCAGAGAUUCGAACCCCCGCUGGGACAUUCCGUGGUAAAGUUCUGACCUCACACAGCGGCCAUGAGUACCAGUCCUACCGGGGAAUACCCUAUGCCUUACCACCAACAGGCCAUCGGAGAUUUGCCUUGCCAGUUCGUCAUCCGGUCAUUGAGGAAAUUCGUAACACUACAGAGUUUGGGUCAGUGUGUUUUCAAAACCAGGACGGGAAGAUUAUCGGACAAGAGGACUGCCUGUUUAUUAAUGUGUACACGCCCAUCAGUCACAAGGAGAGGGACAAGGGCGAUUUGAAGAAAGUUCUAGUCUUUCUACACGGAGGAGCACACGUUAUGGGAUCAUCCAACCGAUAUCUACCCGGCGAUCUGGUGACCAGGGGAGACAUCAUUGUUGUGACUCUAAACUACAGACUUAACUGGUUUGGAUUCUUACGUGGGAACUCCAGUCUGCUGCCAGGAAACAUGGGUCACUGGGAUCAGCUGCUAGCUUUGCACUGGGUCAGGGACAAUAUUAGAGCUUUUGGAGGUGACCCUAAUGACGUAACACUGUCCGGAGAGUCAGCGGGCGCCAUGAGUAGCUCAGUGCUAAGUGUCUCUCCUUUAGGAAAGGGUCUGUUCGCUAAAGGUAUUAUGUUUAGCGGCUGUGCACCCUUCGUUCCGGACCCACCCCAUACAACAAACGACUUCCUACAACUAGCAGCUGACAAGUUCGGGUGUGGGCCUGGUUCUGUCAGUGACCGUGAAGAUGCCGUCCUGACCUGUCUGAAACAACUACCAGGUGAAGCUUUUGUGAUGCUAUUCUUCCAAGGCCCUUUCGCGAAGCUACUGGCUGACAUGGAUUAUCUAUCAGCGGUUGGAUUCUUCGACAGAGAUAACAUCGUUAGUAUCACGGCUGAUGAUGGAUACAUUUUAGUGAAUUCCCGAUUUGGUCAGAUAAAACCGCCAUUGCUGGAAAAUGGCGCCAAGUUCUUUUCUGCUUUGUUGUCAUUACCACUGAAUAUCAUGGUAAGAAUUGUGGACGAGUACGUGAAGUUAUAUGGAGAUGAAGAAAGGGCGUUGGUCGCAGUAGGCAGUGAUUCACUUUUCCUGAAGACUGAUUUGGAUUUCGUUGAAGCUUUUGCAACUGGGCAGAAUGUAGGUCGCGUCAAACCAGGGACGAAUGCCUAUCUGAUUUCAUUUGACCACUUUCCAAAGUUUGUGCCCAAACAGUACAUGCUUCACUCCCUUGAGCUGGCCUAUCUGUUUGACCUAGAAAUGAAAGAGUUUGUGGAACAUUUUUACAACAUUGUCAUUAACGACAGCUUUUAUGCGGAAGACAUCCAGCUGAAAAGAAGUUUUAUUGAUCUGGUGAUCGAUUUUAUUAAAACAGGAAAUGCUGUCCAGACAUUGACAGAGAGAAGCAAUGUCGUGUGGCAUCCGUUUGAUUCGGAGAAGAAGAAUUAUCUGAGCUUUUCACUACAACCCUCAGCGAAGGAAGAUAUUAUGAGAGGCAGACGUUUCAUCUGGGAGACCAUGGUGCCUUCGUUGGCUGCAAGAACAACAUUCACAAACUAG